CAGUGUGGACCUAUCUGUAUCCUAAACAUAGGAUUCUUUCCUGUAAGGAUUAAUAUGAGAUUGGCUUUCCCUUAUGUGGGAAUACAAAUCCCACAACUCACAUCCAGCCAUAAUCCAGCAAUAACUAGAGGGCUGGACUGUGAGAUCUAAAGUUGAAAUCUGACAGAAUUCCACCUUUUCGGUCUUUUUACUAGUUUGACCCUUCUCCGAUACCGUAGCUAGGAAGGUAGGGGAUUUUCACGUGUGGGGAAAGCUGAUAGAACGCCGGUGACAGUCACGUGAUUGCACUGUCAUGGCGGCGUCCUGUGUUCCCGUGUAGCAUGCUUUCUAUGCCUGAUCAAGGUGAACAUCCGUAACUGCUGUAAGUGCCCAGUCUUUUUAUUACUUGUGUGAACUAAUGGAGAUUUCAGUAUAAAUGGCGCGUGUGCUACUGUGGUUAUUAGCUACCUGUACAAGAAUUUUAUUUCGGUGCGGUUUUCAUAUUUGCAGACAGCAAGACUGCAGUGAAUGUCAUACGCAGUUUUUUUAAUUUUAUUUUUUUAUGGAAGGCCGUUUCCAAAAAUUGCUCACUUUAGGGUGGACAUGUAGUCUAUUUAACAAAUAUUCGUACUAAUGGGUUUUUUUUUUAUUUGAUUUUAAAAAAACCAAAAAACACCACUUUGUUUCACAAUGUACCUCUCUGAUAUUUGAAAGGGAUAGUCUUUUUCAUAGAUAACAGUGUACACAAUGUACAUACUUUUUUUUUUUCUACCUGUAGGUAGAUUAUUUAGCCCAUCACACUGGUCACUCUCACUUUGCUUUCUACUUGAAUGCUCAAACAAGGUUCUACACCAUCAUCUUGGCGGUGAUAGUAUUCUUAUCCUGACUCUUGUGCACAAGAGGGAAAUACUGGUCUAUGGAGGGGAAAUAAAUGUGAGUAAAACUUCAGUAUCGGCUCAGGUUUGCUGAUGUACAGAAGUGUUUUUCAAGUAAAAAAAAAAAAAAAAGUGUGCUGAUAGAAAAAGAAAUCAACCUAAAUGGUGAGCAGCAUAUAUCUUCUGAGUUUUUACAAAAGUGUGAAACCAAUUAUGCUACUUUAAUAUUUUAAAUUUAUAUUGUAGGGAAUAAACGUGACACUGUUUGUAGGGAAGCUGUUAAAACGACAUAAGUACCAAAACAACUCUAGAAAUAAUGAAGCCGUUUUGGUGUAUCAGCUGAAGUUCUUUGCCAUGUAAGAGUUAAAUCACUUUGUUUACGCAGCCCUAGUCACAACUCACUGCAUGUCAUCUACAGUCUACAUAAACACUUCCUGUUAAGAGAGAUACGAUUUUUAAACUCUCUUUAUUGCACAGUCAGUUUAAUUUAGAAUUUAUUAUCUCCUGUAUUAUUAAAAGCAUUCUUGAGCAUGCAGGAGCCUCCUGUGUAUUAUUAAAGUGCAAUUUACAACACUGGCCUGUACACUAGCAUUUGGUUGCUGAUAGUGGUGAUGGUAUAAAUGACACUGGUUAACCUACUUGUGCCAGUGAUAACUUUUUCAUGCAGGCUGUCAGUCACAUCCAUGGAAGUUAAGAUGGUGGUUGUACCACUAUAGGGUCAGAAAUACAUGUUUGUGUUCCUGACCGUAUAGUGAUCCUUUAAUGUAAAAUAAUUCUGAUAUAGUUGUUUUUGCCUCAUUUAUGUCAUUUGGAUAAAAAAAAAAAAGCAGAAUCUUUUGAAUUACCUUGAGUGUUUUACCCUCUGCCCUUACACCCCUUUUUUUUUAUAGUGUGUGCAGCAUAUCCUUUCUGUGUUUCAUCUGUGUGUUGUGUAUGCUUGUUGUGUGUCAUGUAUGUGUGGUGACAGCUGAUUGUAUGUCAUGUGAGUUUGCAGUAUGUGCUGGUUGUGUGUGAUGAGCGGAAAGUACUUGUUUGUGCUUGGUGCAAGUGUGGUGUAUGCUGGAUGCAUGUUUUGUGUCAUGUGUCUUGGCUGUAUUUGAUGUGCAUGUGCUUGCUAUCUAUGGUGUGUGUGCUGGCUAUAUGCAUUGACAAUGUAGAGUGAUAUAAACUGUGCUCAGUGAUCACUGGAAAUUGUUUUUUUUUAAAUAUUAUUAAACAUGUCUACACUAUAUCUUAUAACCCCUUGGUUUUUUUUUUCCUCCAGAUUAGCAGUGUAGGGUUUUUAUACCCUACUAGUCCAGUAUCUGCAUUGUUAAACCAAGGUCAAAAACCAAAAUGAGUGAGAAGGCUUAUUUAUGUGCGCUGCGCAUGAUGCGACAUCUGAAAUCUUGUAAUUCUUCAGUGGGACUUCAACUCCUGCAACCCACAAGAAAUUACACUUCAAGGGCUAGUGUUCUAGGAAGGAAGCUUCUCAUGAAAACACAGCCGUUUCCUUCUACAUAUAAACAGUCUGCUACAUCUGUAAGAUUUUUAAGCAAUGUAACUCCAGUCAGCAAAGGAGAAAAUGAUAUAAAGUCUGUUGAAGGAGAAUCCUUAGUAGAUGGCACCCCAAAUCUGUUUGAAGAAAAAUUAGACUCAAAUUAUUUAAACCCACUGGAAGAUGUAAUCACUGAGGAACAGUGGACACCAGCUAAGACAAGGAAAACCAAUAAUUUUGCCAUGGCUGAAGAGUUCCAAAAGUGCAAUUCUCCUUCUGAUGUGCUGGAUUUGUGCAGCAGUUCCUCCCUAAGCCUGAAACAUAUCAGCAAUAGUUUCACCACCAUGUGGAUAACGGUUAAGAAGAUCAAGCAGAAGCAGGGACAGAGACAAUAUGAGAAGCAGAUCAUGUUCGAGCACCAAAAUUUUGAAAAUCUGUGCCGUCAAGCAAUGUUAGCAGCUCACAGAAUGGGCCCUGGGGACUUGGUCUAUACCCUUCACGCAGUAGUAAAGCUACAAGUGCCUCAGACAACAAGGCUAGUCCAGACCUUAUUAAGGGUUUGCCAGGUGCGUUAAAAUUAAAUGGGAAAACAUGUUAUUUGUAUUUAUAUAAAGGCAUUGCAUGCAUGUAUGUUCAACAAUAGAAGAUAUGGGCACUCACAGUGGUAUCCAAAAAAAGCAGAGUUUUUCAGGACCCUGUACAGCAACGUUUUGUCUCAAUAUCUGAGCCUUUGUCAACAUAAGACCAGUUCCUGAAAUAAAUUUUGCCUUACAUGAAUUGGAAAACAAAAUUAGCUACUUCUGCCAGGAUCACACAUAUUUUAAACUCAAUACUGGGAUUGUCUCUAAAACAAGUCGUUGAGGAGUCAACUCGUAAGGAGGCCAUACUAGAUUUAGUGUUAACAAAUGGAGAUUUGGUAUCAGAUAUUACUGUAGGUGAAAGUUUAGGAUCCAGUGAUCAUCAGUCAGUGUGGUUUAAUAUAAGAACAGUGACUGAGUCACACCACACAAAAACAAAAUUUUUAGACUUUAGAAUAACAGACUUUUCUAAAAUUUGAAUAUGUGUAAAGGGGUCAUUAACAAAUUGGAGCAAUUUAAAUGGAGUCCAAGAGAAAUGGGAUUAUUUAAAAGUUGCACUGCUGAACGAAACAGAAAAUUGCAUUAGGCUUGUCCGUAAACGCAAAAAAUUCAAGAAACCACUAUGGUACUCCGCAGAUGUGGCCAAAAUAGUGUAAAACAAAAAGUUAGCAUGUAGUAAUUGUAAAAAAAACCCAGAGUGAGAAAGACAGAAUGAUCUAUAAGAUUAGACAGAAAGAGGCUAAGCAAGUUAUAAGAGCUUCCAAAUCUCACACAGAAGAGAAAAUAGCACAGUCAGUAAAAAAGGGGGAUAAAACAUUUUUUAGAUACAUAAAUGAGAAAAGGAAAGUAAAACAAGGAUUAGUUAGAUUAAAAACAAAAGAAGGAAGAUAUGUAGAAGGGAAUAAAGGUCUAGCUGACUGCCCUUAAUGAAUAUUUUUGUUCAGUAUUUACAGAUGAAAAUGAAGGGAAGGGACCUCAGUUAGGAAAAAGGACAAAUGAGCCAUUUAUUACAUGUGAGUUUACAGAGGAAGAGGUUCUAUAUCAACUGUCAAAAGUGAAGACCAAUAAGUCAAUGGGACCGGAUGGAAUACACCCAAGGUUAUUAAGAGCUUAGUGGUGUACUAGCAAAACCAUUAGCAGAUUUAUUUAACCAAUCAUUGUUAACAGGAGAUUGAAAGUUAGCGAAUGUUGUGUACAUCCACAAGAAAGGUAAUAGGGAGGAGUCGGGCAACUAUAGGCCAGUAAGCCUUAUUUCAGUAGUGGGGAAAGUGAUGGAAACCAUGUUAAAGGAUAGGAUUGUUGAACAUCUAAAAACACUUGGAUUUCAAGAUCAGAGACGACAUGGAUUUACUUCAGGGAGAUCAUGCCAAACUAAUCUUAUUGAUUUUUUUUUUGAUUGGGUAACUAAAAUAAUAGAUCAGGGUGGAGCAGUAUACAUUGCUUACCUAGAUUUAAGUAAGCCUUUUGACACUGUUGCACAUAAAAGGUUAUCAAUAAAUUGCAAUCUUUACGUUUGGAUUCCAAUAUUGUUGAAUGGGUAAGGCAGUGGCUGAGUGACAGGCAACAGAGGGUUGUAGUCAAUGGAGUAUAUUCGAAGCUUGGGCUUGUCACCAGUGGAGUACCUCAGGGAUCUGUACUUGGACCCAUUCUCUUUAAUAUUUUUAUUAGUGAUAUUGCAGAAGGACUUCAUGGUAAGGUAUGUCUUUUUGCUGAUGAUACUAAGAUAUGUAACAGGGUUGAUGUUCCAGGAGGGAUAAGCCAAAUGGCAAAUGAUUUAGGUAAACUAGAAAAUGGUCAGAGUUGUGGCAACUGACGUUUAAUGUGGAUAAGUGCAAGAUAAUGCAUCUUGGACGUAAAAACCCAAGGGCAGAUUACAGAAUAUUUGAUAGAGUCCUAGGUAUUGGCAGUAGAAAGAGGGAAGUGCUCAUGCCAUUGUACAGAACACUGUUGAGACCUCACUUGGCGUAUUGUACGCAGUACUGGAGACCAUAUCUCCAGAAGGAUAUUGAUACUUUAGAGAGAGUUCAGAGAAAGGCUACUAAACUGGUUCAUGGAUUGCAGGAUAAAACUUACCAGGAAAAGUUAAAGGAUCUUAACAUGUAUAGCUUGGCGGAAAGACGAGAUAGGGGUGAUAUGAUAGAAACAUUUAAAUACAUAAAGGGAAUCAACACAAUAAAGGAGGAGACCAUAUUUAAAAGAAAAAAAGCUACAACAACAAGCGGACAUAGUCUUAAAUUAGAGGGGCAAAGGUUUAAAAAUAUCAGGAAGUAUUACUUUACUGAGAAGGUAGUGGAUGCAUGGAAUAGCCUUCCAGCUGAAGUGGUAGAGGUUAACACAGUAAAGGAGUUUAAGCAUGCAUGGGAUAGGCAUAAGGCUAUCCUAACUAUAAGAUAAGGCCAGGGACUAAUGAAAGUAUUUAGAAAAUUGGGCAGACUAGAUGGGCCGAAUGGUUCUUAUCUGACGUCACAUUCUAUGUUUCUUAUUUGGAUACUGCCGUGUGUGCCCGAGACUUCUAUGUAUAUUUGAACUGUUUGAAACUUGCCCUUCCCUACUUUGGUGCACCAAAACGAAAUCCUAUUAUUUAUUUUUUUUACAUGCAAAACUCCAAUAUGGUGAACUAUAUUUUCAGAACGGUCUCAUCGACUUGUGAUAUCUGUGGUAGGAGAUAACUAAAAAUAAGCUAUUGGUCAUGAUAAACUUUUUUUAUUUAUUUAUUUUUAUUCAAUAAUUAUUAUUUUUCAAUUUCAUGGUUUUCUGGGCAAUAUAUGUAAAUUAGUUAACUAUUACAGUGUUGUAUGCACGUGUAGUACUAUAGAAUUCCUCAUUUGGAUGCCUAAGAAUGAAUGCAAUUGCAUGCCCAAUUCUAAAUAACGUCUAUGUUUUGUCCUCCUUAGGAACGUCUCAAUGAGUUAGAAGAGAGAGAAAUCUCUAUUGUGGCCAGUGCUCUAGAUGGAAUGGAAAGAUGUGGAAAUGUGGACUCUUUGAGAGCAGGACUUCGGUGAGCAUUACACACAGUCUUACUAAGUAGACUGUAUGUUUUAUCACACUAAAAUAUUGUAUGCCAUUGUUUCCUUAUUCUGUCUUUCAAGGAACACUACAAUACAAAGAUGAAUUCCUAACACUAAAGUGUGCCUCUGCUCACCUCCACCCCCAUCCAUGAAAGGGUUUAAAACACAUAUCUAUCAUUUAUACAAAUUGAUGGGCAACAUACAGAAAGUGCUGUCCUGCAGUAGGCAGAAUUCACAUGCUGCAGGUUGUAAAUCAGGUGAUAAAUCAAUCGGAAAUCCUGAAGCAUUUACAUUAUCCAUAAUACAGGACAGUAUUUUCAUGUGGUGACAAUCAACAGGAUGACAUUAUGUGGAUCAUUUUAAGUGAUUCAGGUUAGCCUAAAAAACUGCCAAUGUGGGUCAGAUCCCUUUUUAUUUCCAAAGCACACUAUAGACAUUUGCUAAUGUAAAUGUUAUGUUAAAGUAAAUCUGAAAGAUUGAUGACUUGAUAUUUUUUAAAUUAAUGUCAAAUAUUGCUUUUACAGAAGUAUAUGUGUGUAUAUGUAUUAUUCUUCACUCCCCAUCUCUUACUAUAAGAUGUAACAUGAAAGACUGAAGAUCAGAUCGAGUAAUGUGUACUUAUACAUCCAGCUUCAAAGAGGUUCUCUGAUUCUCUUCUUGUUUUGGUUUUAGAGUUCUUGUGGAGUUACGACUGCCUGAAAUUAAGAGGAUCAUGCCUUUGCAGACGAUGAUGAACUGUAUUGGAAAAGAUGCUCCUCUGUCACUUAAGAAGAAACUUGAGGUGACUUAAAAAAAAAAAUAGCAAUGCAUAAAUUUAAUAUGGCUUCCCUAGAGAUAUAAUACCAGAACUUAAUCACAAUACUGAAUUAUGUAUUUAAAUGAUCACUCUUCGAAUAGUGGUUUGUUUUUUUCUCCCACUUUAUUUGUGCCUUACAAAUGUCAGAAGUUGUCAUUAUCAUCAUUAACUCAUGUUUUGUGUUUGCUAAAAUGUUUUUUUUAUAAAAUCUUCCUGGCAGGUACAGAGUUUUUCAGAAUUUGUGAUGCUUCAACUGACCAUAAUGCAUGCAUUGGUCCCUUGCCCUAAACCAAUUAAUUACAUUGACAUUUUCUCCAUUUUAAGUGUCAUAGUUAGGGCCACUUAUAAAACUGGAAAAACAUUGUCUAGGUGAGAGUUUACAUGUGCUAAUACGAGCUUACACUAUGCCAUUUAUCUGCUGCUUCUCCAGUAAAACAUGGCCUCAACACCUCAAUGCAGCAGUCAACUGCCAACCUUUUAUUAGCUCUGUCAUGCUGGCUGAGGCUUUCAUAUUCUGCCUGAUCUCCUCUCUGUUAUACUAUGCUACUUUGAAGGGACACUCCGUUAUAUUUUUAUUGCAUGUUUUCUUUGAGGCUUUAUGGAGAAAAAAAAACGGCUUGCAAAAGCUGCAGAUCGCUUGUCUGCAGCCUUUGCAAGCCCUCCCCUAUUUCCCCAGCACAUACUUUCCCCCGGGCAGCUCUCCUAUGAUACUCGUUGAGAAAGGGGCAAGGCAGGCACGCGAGAGAGAAAAUCUCCCUAACUGUCUAACCUUAUAAAAGCGCUGAUUUCUUUUGAAAUUGGUACUUUUAUAAACCGUCAUGAAAAUGACAUAUGCAAGCUGAAAGAAUCUUUGCGAAGAAUCAAGUGCCAGGAGUCUCACAAAAAUGACACUCUGCACAGAAUAAACAUUGAAUAACAUUUAAAUGUGUUGUGUCAUUAAUGCUGAACUUACCUGCUCCAAUUUUGCUUCCUGGCAUACAAUUUAUCUCAGAACAGAUCUAAUGCAGGGAGACAGUGCACUUUUAUUAAACCAGAACAGUAACAAUGCAUACCACAGGCUUCUUAUGGUUCUAGCACAAUCGAUGAGCACUGCUUUCAGAAAAUGCAAUUGCUGUUAUUUUCUUCUUUGGCUUUACGUGUGUGUAUGGCAAAUGAAGUGAAUUAUUACCUUGUUAAACUGCAUCAAACUUGACAAUAUGGAAGUGUAGUUUUGCAGAAUCAAGUUAUGCUAUUGUCAUGAAAAACACCAGUUUUUGUCACACCCAUUCAUGCCUCUCCAUUACAAAUAUAUCACUCUGCACAGUGGGUGAGCUGUCAACUGUGGUGGACUGCCUGGUACCCCGACUGGGUACCUCUGCCAAGCACGCUCCCUAGCUAUCGCCGGGACACCAUAAGCACUUUCAGCCCCUAGCCGCCGCAGCUUGUCCGGGGUCUCGUUGUUUCCUCCCACCCUGGAUCAGGGUCCUUGAUCCAGCUCCCAGUGGUCAGAGCUCUCCUCCAGAGAUUAUAGCUGUUAGAUUGAUUAUAGCUAUAUAGCCUUCCCCCCCACACAUUAGCAGAGAUUUAAUGUUGGAAGUGAACUGAACUUUAAUGGGACUGGGUACAGCCAAUUUAUACACAGACCCCAGCCCAAAACAUCAUAAAAACAUAAAAUUACCCCACAAAUUAUACAUCUUUAAAUAGCCCUGAUCUCAGCGUCAAAAUUCUCCAAAUGGCGCUCAGAUCCAUGCAGUGUAGGGGAAACGCCACCGUGUUCUGUCAACUUUUGGGAGCACCUGUGGCCGCAAUAUGGGGUGUCCGGCUGGGUCUCUGGUAGCUUUUGUUCCUAUUAGUCUCAGGUACCUUCCCUCCAAUAAGUGCUCUCCUGGCGGAUUGCAAAGUCAUUCAAAAUCUUGGAGCUAGUUAUCCGGGAGCUGCACAGUCACCAAAUGGCAAAAUAGUUCCAUAAGAUUUGCGGCUAAGUCCCGCUGAGGUGACCAGGAACCCACAAAGUCCUCAUGACGAUCGCUGCUAAGUACCGCUGAGGACAAUUUGUGAGUUUCUUAAUGCAAACGGCCAGCAGGGAGCUAGUGUUCGGUUCCAUUCGAAUGAAGGGAAAGUGCCGAACCAGGGUCAUCCAGAGAAAGCUGCUAAUGGUGGCUGGAGUGAUUUAACUCCCAAACAGGGUCUUUGGAUAUGGCCCAUAGUCCUUGGGCAAGAGGCUAGCUAGCAGGCUCCUUCAGGAGCUCGUGGCAUAGGCACGUUUGCCACAAUAACCAUUUUGUAAUGACCUAAUUCUAUAAAGGAAUUUAUAGAUACCUGAUAAUAUAUUUUAAGAACAGAUUACACAUAAACCUGUAACAGUGUACUUGGCAAAAGUUAACCAUGCUUUGGCAUGCACUAAAUAAAUUGUCUCUGGAUACACAAUACUCCCCUCUGAUAGGGGCUGAGGCAACAGGCACUCCUCUUAUCAUAAAAUGUACACGAGAAUGCAGUGAUUUCCGAGUUCUUUACCAGUGUGGGUAUUGGAUAAGCAGAAUUAUUGUGUAUGAGUUUUGUGGUAUGGAUACUAAAUAAAAAAAAAAAUAAAAAAAAAAACAUAACUGUGAUAUUUAUGUAAAUUCAAGCAUCUGAAAUAUGCUAUGCUUUUAAUUUGAUGCUACAGUAAAUCAUAGAAUUUGUUCCCUUCUGUUUUAGAAUAAAGCUUUGGAGAUGAGGGGCCAGUUUACUCUUCCAAAUGCCCAGCACAUGUUCGCCAGUCUUGCUGCAAUAAACUUGACAUCUUUGCCCCUUCUAAAUUUUUGCAAAAGGAAUAUUAUUGGUAAGCCUAAGAAAACAUUGUAUAUUAUUUCAAGACUUCAUGGAGGAAUAUUACAGGCAGGGCACUACCUGCCCUUUUAAAUGGGCAUAGUAAGAGCCUCAACAGCUCAUUUGAGUAGUCUUGGGGUGCCAUUCACACAGUUGAUUUCAAACUAUUUAUGAGAGGCUUGUCAUAAAGCAUGCCUCUUGUCGCCCUUGUGCAAAGAUUUUGUCUAUAAUGCUCUGAAUGUGUUUGGGUCAGAUUAGCCCAUAGAGAGCAGAAAUAACGUAUUUCUCACUAAUAUUUUCUGGUUACAUUCAUUAUUUAUUUUCAGUUUAAUAUUUGUAAAUUAAAGGGAUUCUCUAAGCACCAAAACAACUUUUGGCUUAACAAAGCCGUUUUGGUGUGUUGAUCAUGCCCCUGCAGUGUCACUGCUUAAUUCUCUGCCAUUUAGGAAUUAAAUCACUUUGGUUUCUGUUUAUGCAGCCUUAACCACAUCUCCCUUAGCUGUGACUCACACACAGCCUGCAUGAAAAAAAUGCUUUCAUAUUCAAUCAGAACUGGCAGCACAUGGUGUAUAUGUUAAAAAAAAAUUUUUUGUGUACUUUAAGCCGGGGAACAUUUUCUGUGUAAAAUGCCCUAUUUGUCACUAUGCUUGGAUUACAGUUAAAAAAAAUAGGUUUUACUUACCUUGAAUCCUGCGCUAGUAGAAUGUCCUGGUGCUGCCUUCCACGCCCGUCCUCACGUCACAGGGGCCGUCCCAAACAAUUCAAAUUUUAGUGCAGUUUGUAAAUAACCAGUCAGACUAGCAGAGCCACACGGUUUAUUAAAUAAAUGAUACAAAGCCCAAGCUUCAUGUUUUAUCCUGAAAGUUAUUUUUUAUGAUAUCCUCUUUUAUUUUGUGUUUCAGAUUUACAUAUUAAUGUCUCACUGAAGGCAAACAAGCAAAAAAUAAAAAUGGGACCAAAUUUUGUAAAACUCUUGGAUAUUUAUGCUCUUCUUUAAUGUUUCCAACUUGUCUUAGACAAUAUAGAUGUCAUCCCAUUCUGGAAAAUGGUCAAGAUCCUAAAUGCAUGCAUUCAACUGUCCUACCGUGAUGAAGAGCUGCUGACUGCGAUUGGAGAUUAUAUUUUGGACACUAUUUACUUGUGGGAGACUAAGCAGGUCAGUUGGUAUUGCUGCAGUGAUUGAGGGCUAAUGUUUGUAAUCAUUUAGAAAUAGUGCACUGUUUUUUUAGGUAUGUACAGUUCCUGAGCCAUACGCAUAGUUGAGGCUUUGCUGUAUUGCACACUGGUGUGUCAAUGCAGAGUUAUUUGCCAUAAAAGAUUGUCUCCAGAAAGAUUAAAUAUCAAAGAACAGAACUAGUCCAACACAUUUAGCUUCUCAAGUUAUCCCAAUGUUGAUGGGGAAUGGAAGAAGGGCCAGGGGGUACAAGUCCUUUCUAGAUUGUAUCCUUAUUUUUUUUUAUAGUCCGUGUCUGGGGAGGGGGGAGUUUUGUUCUUUAAACCUUCACUUUGUGUGAAGUUGGGUAAAUAAGACUACACUUUUUCGGUGUGUGCUUUUUGGUAGUAAUGCACUACAAAGUAUACAAUCUUAUUAGUUUAUCAUGGGGAAUGUAGUAUUGUGUUUCGAGCAUUUGUGCCUGCCAAGGAGCACUCUCGCUUGUCUCUCUUCAUGAUGUGACUGCUAAGAACAAAAACAGAGCAAAUACUUUUCUGUAAGACCAAAUUUGUAACUACAUAGAUACUGUACUGUAACUUUUUUUUUUAUGAUACAUAGGCGUCCAUUUAAUGUUUUUGGAUAAGCUUUUUAAAUUAUUUAAAGGGUCACCAGAAGAACUACAGCUUAAUGUAGUUGUUCUGGUGAGUAUAAUCAUUCCCCGCAGGCAUUUUCAUGUGAACGCUUUAGAUUAAAGGACCACUAUAGUGCCAGGAAAACAUACUCGUUUUCCUGGCACUAUAGUGCCCGAGGGUGCCCUCACCCUCAGGGUCCCACUCCCGCCGGGCUGGAUGGAGAGGAAGGGGUUAAACACCUUUCUUCAGUGCCGGGCUCCCUCAGUGCUGGAGACCCUCCUCCUCCUUUCCCCGUCAUCGCCUGAAUGCGCAUGUGCGGCAAGAGCUGGCGUCUUCUCACUGCGAAAAUCACAGUGAGAAGCACCUCUAGCGGCUUUCAAUGAGACAGCCACUAAAGGCUGGAUUAACCUAAAGUAAACAUAGCAGUUUCUCUGAAACUGCGGUUUACAGCAGAAAAGGUUAAUCCUAGGUGUACCUGGCACUCAGACCACUUCAUUAAAGCGGCACUGACAUGCUGAACUUACCUUUCCCCAAUCAAUUCCUCAUCUCUUCCUCUCUCAGGAUCUGUUCUUCAUUUCUUCCUAUCUGCUCUAGUUUUCUUUUAAACUUAAGAAAAAGUAGGGGCUAUUUCUCUUAUGGAGGUUUCCUACGCAGUGACCAGCGGAGGAGCAAAGUGUGCUUCGUUUCCGGUGGUCACAGCAAUUUUCCCUCAAUCCUUACCUUUCCUCCCUGUUCCCACAAUGCUUCCUGUCACUUAGACAGGACUCCGGCAAAACUGCCGAAUUGUGUUCUAACAGUUUCUCCAUUCGUGUUAGAACGCAAUUCAGGACUUUGUUCGUAUCGGAAUUUCAUUCGAAUGAAUGAAAUUCCGAUCCUAUUCAUUGUCGCGGCUGCAUCUUGCAGCCAUUUAGUAGAUAACUCCCUAAUUCCCACGGUAUUAGGGAGCUAUCUACUAAAAGGCUGAAAGACCUAAAUUGGUCUUUCAGACACAUUUACUAAUACUAAGUAAAGAUUACUUAGUAUUAGUAAAUGAUCUGCCCCUACUCGCUAUACCGCGCGUAGGGGCAUGUGUAGUAAACAGUGAUCAGCCAAAAAAACCUAUUGGGCCCCCACCCUUGAGCGGUGGGUGGAGGCCAUAAAGAUAACGGUGGAUGGGGCCAUAAAUUACAAUGGGGGGACCUACUAAGUUUUCCCCCGCCCUGCAGAGCUCAGUCUGCGCAGAGCCCUCCAUGGGUGAAGAUGGAUUAUUUUUUUUGCGCUCUGGUUUUUUCUUUUUCGUUGGGUUUUUUAUUUUAUUUUAAGUUCGAUGGGUAUGAUGGCUUUUUUAUUUGGCAUUUUUUGGAGCUGAAAAAUGAAGAUUUUAGAAAAAAGAAGUUUUAAAUGGUAAGUUACAUUUUUCUUUACAGAUUAGUUAUUUUUUCCCCUCUCACUAACACUCUGGUGGGCUUGGAAUCUAACCAAUCAGAGUGCUCUUUGUCAUUUUACACAGCGUGUAAUUAUGGGUUGGGGCCAGGGGGGGUGGACAGUAGGUCCCCCCUCAUUGUAAUUUAUGGCCCCCACCCACCAUGCAGGGGAGGGAACCUGGGGGAGGACAAUAGGGCCCCCUCCUCCCCCCUUAUUGUUAUUUAGGGCCCCCACCCACUGCGCAGGGUUGGGGGCCGGAUAGUAGGGUGUUUUUUUUUUUUUUUUUUUUUUACAGUGAGCAGCCCCAGGCUUAUCACUGUUUAGUGGACAUGCCCCUACCAGCAAGUAGGGGCAUUUGGGAGAUUUUAAAGCUUUCCUCCUCCUCUCCGCCUCCUCUUCCGCUGAAUGCGCAUGCGCGGCAGGAUCCGCACGCGCAUUCAGCCAGUCUCAUUGGAAAGCAUUUACAAUGCUUUCCUAUGGACGCUGGCGUCUUCUCACUGUGAAAAUCACAGUGAGAAGCGCGGAAGCGCCUCUAGCGGCUGUCAAUGAGACAGUCACUAGAGGCUAGGUUAACCCAUUUAUAAACAUAGCAGUUUCUCUGAAACUUCUAUGUUUAUAGAAAAAAGGGUUAAACCUAGCUGGACCUGGCACCCAGACCACUUCAUUAAGCUGAAGUGGUCUGGGUGCCUAUAGUGGUCCUUCAAGAUUUUUGGAUAACUUUUUUUUUUUUUUUUUUAUUCUAAAAUAUCAAACAUUACAUCAUAAAUACUAAAAUACAUGAAUAUAUCAAAAUAUGGGGGAGGAGGAAUGGAGCAGGCUAGCCAUUUGUUAUAAACAAGUAUUUGCCAACCAAAAUUCUAUCAGCCAGAUUAUUAACUACAUGUAGCAUCAAGUACAAAAUAUUACAGUACUAAACUAUAUGUAACAAUGGUAGUAUCAUUAUAGUAAAGUAAUAAUCUAAUCUAUAUGUAUACAUCUGUUUUAAAGGGGUAAUGUCUCCAUUGCAUAAAACAUUGAAAGUCAACUGUAACGUGUUAAAUAGUGACUCCACACCCAUAAACCACCUCAGACCAGCCUCCAGUAUACUUCUCGAGCACGUACACACACAGGAAGCCCUUCAAAUGGUUCUCAGUGAGCAGCCUCUGAUUGGCUCUCUCCCUGUGAAGCGACUGGAAAUAUCUUCCAAGGAAAAAGGGGAGGGCUGCAGCUUUUGCUAUAUUAAGAUAUACCCCCAAUAAAUGCAUGUGUAAAAAUGUAUGCAUGUAUUCAUUGGGGGUGUAUAUACUCAACAGUGAUUUAUGACAUUGUUUCAUUUCUCCUCUUCUGUUUUUCAUUUUCUACAUUGACUAUCACAUGUAUAGGACCCAGUUCCUCUUUAAUAUCUUAAUUUCUCUGACUGAUUUUCUGUUGCUAACACAGACUUUUUUUCUUUUUUACAGGUUUCGAUAUUCCUCAUGCAAAUGGCAAAGCUUGGCUUCCGACAUGUGUCUUUGUUAGACAGUUUUGCAGAGAAAGUCAUUGAAAACCCUGAAUCGUUGACAUUAAAGGACUUAGUAUGCAUAGCUAAAGUUUACUCACUCCUGAACCACUUACCUGAGGGUCAAAGCCAGCCGUAAGUCUCCCUAUUAAUUACUGUACCAAUUAUAGAGAAGUAGCAUUUUCUACGUGAAGAACAUUCUAUUUUUAAACAACCCAGAAUCUUUAAAACUGCUUAAAAUUUUUAAAGAAUGCGACUUUUCAAGACGCAAACAAUUUUAUUCUUUCUUGGACUCUCAACAUGGCAGAGAUGAUUUUUUCCUUUCAUUAAAUUAAUGCAUGUUCAGAUCUGCAGAAAUUAGUGUGCACAAGGAUUCAAACAAAUGUGUAAGGGGGUGGGGGGAUGUAGGAAAAAAUUGCAGAUCAAGCGCUUCGAGACUAAUGUCUUCAUAAAAAUAUAGCACGAUUCAGUCUGUUUUCUUCUUAAAGGAACAUUAUUGCAUUAGGACAAACAUGUACUCCUAAUGCUAUUGUGUUAGCCCGCCUGUAUGUUUGACUUUUAUGUUUUGUUCCAUGGGUUUACACAGGUGCUAUUUGAGGGUUAAAUGUAAAAUACUUGGUCUACUCUCUCAUUUGUUUUUUAACUUACAUAGGUUACUGGCAGCUUUGAACACGUCCCUUCAUUUAUACCUACCUCGUAUCUCUUCACCUGAACUCCUGAAAGUCUUGUUCUCCUUAUGCAACUUGGGAUUCUUUCCUUCUGUCCCACUGGAGAAACUAAUGAGGGAGGAUGUUCUUAAUGAGCUACUGGACCUAGGUAACGUAUUGUUAAAUUUCAUGGAAAAUGCAUUCCUUCUAACCUAGGAACCAUUGUGUACUGUUUUUAUAUUGCUUUUCAACUUUUGCAUCAAUGCCAACUCUUUUUAAAUUGAAAAGUGUAUUUGCUGUCACACUAUAUUUAGUUUUUAUAAAAUGGAACAUGAUAUGGUGAAAAGUUUUAUAAGCAACAACAUUCAAUCUAUUCAUUAUGCUAAGCGAAAUGCCUGCAAAUAUCUAGUUUGGAUAUUAUUCUUUGUCUUAGCAUGUUACCUUUUCAGUGUUUGCCUUUGUCCACUACAAGAGUAAUGCUAUGCCUUCCAAGCCCCCUUUUCAAAUAGCACUUGAGCAUUCCCCCAUCUUAGCCUUCAGCCCACUUGCUAAAAUCUAAGGGGAUGCCAAUCGGAUCAUUUUGGGGUGUCAACCGUCACAUACAUUUCAAGCAGUUUUGUUGAAGGAGGAUAUGUAUAUCUACCCAAAGCUGAGCUUGCCAUCCACUUAUUAUAUAGAUCAAAGAUUCACUUGAAGAUGACAAGCAAGCUAAUGCAAUAUGUCUUAAGACAAAAUAAUGUUGCAGAAUUAAUGAAUACCUUAAAUGAAUUGGAAUGGACAGGUUUUCAUAUUGGAGUUGGUGUUAAAGGGACACUCCAGGCACCAAUAAUUUUUUUUUGUAAUUGCUGCACCAUAAACCUACAUCCUGAGCUGUACCCCCUCGUGCCAGAAAGACUUUCGUAUAAAAGGUAUGCAAACAGUCUCAACCCCAACAACACUGAGUGAGCUGCUUGUAAUUCACAACCUGGCUGCAGACAGUCAGAAACUACAGAAAGGUAGUAAUAUUCUUACUAUACGCCUUCCUGGGUGCCCUCUCCUUCUAAUGCAGGUUGUUUUGUAAUUCAGAUCAUUCAGCACGGUUAGGGGCUGAGCUGUGUGCAUUUAUUUUUUAUAACUGUUUUUCUGGAAUGAAACACACUGAAAAAAAUUUAACCUUUUAUCUGAUAUGACGUUUUCCUUUCCCCUUUAGCCAAUCCACACAUUGAAGACAAUACUCGGAUGUUGCACAGUAUUAAAAUGUGCUUGCAACUGGAUGAAAAUUCCCCCGAAAUGCCUGGUUUAUUGGAUCUGAUGACUGUUCCUGUUGAUAACAGCAGGCCUCAAAUAGAUGUUGAAACCACCCUGGAAGCCAUUGUAGACGACCCUGCCGACUUACAGAAAGGCAUACAACUGUUCAGCAAUUAUUACAUUGGUACUGACCUUUUAAAUAUUUUGCCAUCUUAAAGGAAAUCAAAUGUGUUUUUUUUUAAUAUGCUUUUUAGCACAAAUUGACUAAUGCUUUUGAAAGUAUACAUGCCACUGCCUUUUUUUUUUUUUGUUUUUUUUAUUCUCAAUUGUAUUAUUGUGAUCGAUGAUGUGAAGGAUUCAUAAGCAAUUCUUUAUAUUUUAUUUUUUUUGUUAGCCUUUUGUUAAUCCUUCAGGAUUUGUAGAGUUCUGCCAUUUGUGCUAGUCAAGGAUUAUAUAAAUGAUGACAAUCAUCAACCUCAGCACUUCUAGAUUAGUUACAAUGUCAUCUUUUGAACUGGAAUAUAUAAGGUAAUUGAGUCACAAAGUUUUGAUUGUUCUAUGGACAUAAGAGUGGAGUGAUUAUUAUCAUCAUCAGUUUCCCGUCAUAUAGCGGCAGUAGCAUAAGGUGUAUUCACCUCAAUAGGACGGGUACACAGGCCUCUAUUUAAUUAAGACCUGAAUAUACAAGUUCCCUCCCAUCAUUCAUUUAAAUAAGGUUACUUACAAUUUCCCCUAGGUUUAUUUCUGUCAUACGAGUGGAACAGUAACAAUAGCUGGACUUCAUCAAGGACGCGGUGUACCACAUAGACCCCAAGUUUCAGUGCAGCUGGUGGUGGCAUACACUGGCUGUUAGCGGAAAACCACUGCAGAAAGGGACACCCGGGUGGUGUUCUGUAUUUAGCUGGAAUCAGAAGAUUUUACAGUGGAGAUGGAAGGUGGAAAAGCUGGCAUGGAACACAGAGCGCAAUGUUUCCAGUUAGCCAACUAUAAAGGGCUUGCCCGGGUGGCAUCGUAAACAGAUGGGAUUAGUCAAAGCAACCUGUGUAAAGCAGGCACAAGCUGUGAUGCAUUCCUAGAAGUGCUACUGUGCAUGUACGACCAAGGGUAACUGGUGGUGGCACCAUAAUAUUUUUUUUUUUAAGUUAUUUAAAUGCUGCUGAACCAGUCUGACUGCAGGGUGAGUGACAGAACAGGAUAUAUGAGUGCCACCUACCCCCCCUUAUAUGUCUCGAUUACAUAUUUUUGUAUGCUGGUUGUUGAAUAAUUUAGAUAGUGGUGUAUAAUAACCGGUAGGCAAACAAAUGUCAAACAAAAUCACACUAGCUGGCAUAAGGGACACAAGCCACAAAUUUUCAUUGGGUCAGGCAGAGACUUUGUCAAACAGUCCUGUUCUUGUGGGUAGACAGUACAAAUUAAAGUUGUAUCAUGUUAUAAACCUGUUAUAAAGCAUAACUUGUACUCCAUAACCUGUAUUGCGCGGCAUGUGUUGCAACUUGCAAGGAAAUAUUUCGUGUCGUGGGAACAAAACACCUUUUGUUAUGUAACCACUACUUCAGUGCCAAAGAAAAUUGGUAAUUAACCACAGCUUUAAAUAAUGCCAUUUUUUCCCCCCCCCCCAGACUUUUUGCUUGCUGUAAAUACUGAACUGAACACAACUGCUCCAGUGACUCACACAAACCCAGCAGAUAAUUCUCCACAUGUCAGCAGGUACUAAAAUCUACUGAGAAUUCGGUUCUAGUUUCUUAUCUUUCUUGUUUUCAUGAAAAUACAAAAAAUUGAUUAUAUAUCAUGUGCUAUCCUGCAAGUCCCAGAAAACAAAGGAUUUAUACUGACUAAAAGCACUCUAUUCUGAAGAACAAUUAUUUAGAAUUCCGUAUAGACAUAUGAAAUGAUGUUUUAUGUAGAUGCAACAGGUGUAUUUAUUGUUAAACAAAUCAGAUCACAUUGCAUUCAGGGCUGUAAUAGGUUGAACUGUCACUUACCAUGAAUUUUAAGAUUAUGUUUACUUAAAUCUGUACUUAACAAAUAUGUAUUUGUGCAGUGUUUGUCCUGUUUUUGCCUUGUCUGAACUGGAUUACAAUGUAACCUUCCACAGCUGUAAAAUAGAUGUAAAAAUAACAGAGUAAGUUCUAGGUUAAGGAUGUUUUAGUCAAAGAGUUCAUCUUUAAAAUAUAUUUUUAAUAAGUCUCCCCUUUAAAUUGGGGCUUCCAUCGGGAAAGCCAAUAGGGAUUUGGUUAGAACUGUGGAUGGGAUGUUUAUAGGCUGCUGAUUUAAUUUAAAACAAAAAUGGAGGAGCUGUGCCUUGGAUAUAUGUUGACGUUUUCCUUAUUACUAAAAGGUUUGGAACUCUUCUGGAAGGUAUUGUUAUGUACAAGAAUAUUAAAGGGACACUGUUGUCACCCAGGCUGCUUCAUAUCAAUGACCUUUUAACUACUUUGCCGUGCUUAUGUUUCAGUUUUAAAUCCACCUCUAGUGACCGUCAUACGUGAUGAGGUAGCCCGUAUGAAAGCAUUGUAUACAAUGCUUUCCAAUGGGAAGCUUGAAUGCGAGCUGCUCUUGUGUAACAGAUCUCCAAUUAUCCUCUAUGAGGGACAUUGGAUUUGCCAAUUGGUGCAGAUGUCUAUGCCUAUCCCAUGACAAUGCAGGUCGUGAAGAGGUAGGGAGCCUCAGCACUGGAAAAGUUAAGUAAAACUUUGGUUUAAUUUAUUGCAGCAUGCUGGGUGGGCCUGUAUAGAUUUAGGGACUGGGACACUAUAGCGUUAGGAAUACAAAUUUGUGUUUCUAACUCUAAUGUUCCUUUACUUCUUCUGCUAGUGAGUUAUUGGUAGUUGGACCAAGAAAGAAAAGAAAAUAGUGCGUUUUGAUUAUUUAUCUUUUUAAUUUCUGGGGGAAAAAAGGUGUAUGAAAACUGCACAGUUUUCUUCAUGUCAACACAUGCUUUGAUACCUGAUUUGUGUUGUGUUGUUUGUGAAUAGCAUUGCUAUCAUAUCAUAAUAUUCACCACUGGUGAAUGAAAAUUCAGCCCCAGUAAGUGGAAAUUCACUCCUGAUAAAUGUUCCAUGGAUGCUCCAGGCUUGCAGCGGCAAAUAACUUUAUAGGCCUAUCUGAAGGCAUAGGAUUUGAAAUGUUAAGUCCUGAUACCAGAAUAACCUACAAGGGAUGUUACAUGUCAGAGUUGACCUAAGGGGGGUUGCUGGCAUGUCUCUUGCAGGGGUGCUGUGCUGCAGUUGCCUGCUCUGCCUAUCAAUUUCUGUUACGAUCAGGAUGUCGUGCACUAUGCAAUCUCAAGAACCCCCCUGUGAGGGCUGCCACAGAAAUUGAUAUAACAUAGGCAAUGAGGGGGCUGCUGCGAUCAGUCUCUGUACUGAUUCUGCAGCCGGGAUAUGAUGUUACAUCAGCCUCUACAUCAGUACAGAGCUGCACAGAGCUAGGUAAUCAGUACAAAGAGUAAUACCAGCAGCUCUUCACUGUACUCCUUGGAAGAGGUCCUGCUUCAUCUUUCCUUUUUAAGAUAAAUAAAUGGAGGCUGGGUGGAGUAAAAAAAUGUGUAUGAAUUAAAUGUUUGUACAUGAAUAUGUGUGCAUAUGGGUCUGUUUGGUAAGGGAAAUUACAUGCACAUACAUUAAUUUACACCAAGUGAGUUGGGGGUAGUGCAGAAGGAGAUACAAUAUUUGUUUUAAUAUUUGGGGGGAGGAGAGGCACGACACCCCAGGUGCCAUGUAGCCUAGGUACGCGUCUGGUACAUGUAACUGCUUUUGCAACUUAAAAUACUUUGUUGGUUCAUAACCUCUUUGCAUGUAUAUGAACGCACUCAUGGCAUGAAAGAUGUACAGAAUUAUUACAGGAAAAUUAAACCAAUGACCAGAAGUCUCCAUCUAAAGCCAUUUCUCCUAGAUAUUAUUGAUGAUAAUUCUCUAAUAGAUGAGUCUCUACUAGAUGCUAGUUAGCAGAUGAGCAAUCGAAUUCUGUAUCCACAGAUGAAGGGUCCAGCUCUAGUGAUGUAAACAUUAAAUCUUUCUUGCAGUGUCGCUGUGCUAUGCCUGCAACGGUCUCACUUUGCAGUGGGUACUCUUCAUCCACUUGGAAUGCUUGCCAUGAAAAUUAGACAUCUCAAGGCUCUUGGUUACCACGUGGUGCUGGUAAGAUCUAACUACUCAUCUUAAAAAUCUAAAGUUUUAGGAAUGUAUUCUGUCCUGCAAAACAUGCACUUGUUAUCCUUUGGCUUACUAACCCCAUUUAAAAACAACAAAAAUUAUUUUUUUUUUCUUUACUUUUGUUUCGCAAUUACUUACUGAAAGUGGUUUGCUUUCUUCUGUUUCUGUCCUCGAAUAUUUGAUCCCGUUACAUCUAAAUACACGUAAAAACUUUAAUGUUGAGCCAUUUUUGUGCCAUAUGAAGAUAGAGAAAUAUCUUUUGUACUCUUCAUAUUUAAAUUCUUUUUGUCUAAAAACACAGUCUAAAUUGGGUUAAUUUGUUUUCUUAAAUUGUCAUUUUAGGUUAUAGGAUAGAAUUUUGAUAAACAGUGGUCAUCUUUACUUAACCAUUAUAUUUAGAAUAAAGCAGUGUUGUCCCAGCUCUUUAAAACAAUGUCAACAAUUAUUAGACUGUACCUAAACCCUGGUUUCUAUUAAAGGUUCCAAUACACAAGUUUAAAACCCUGGAAAUGGCAGAGAGAAUCCUGUUCCUAAGAACGCAAGUCUUCUCUGGAAAAAGCACUGCUGUCGAAGAGCCAACUCACUAGGAACCCCAGCAGAGCUGAAGAUCAGGAUUAAAUCUUCCGAUAUCUAAACUGACUGUAUUGUGAACAAAAACAUAGUUUUGUACUUUUCAAUGUAUGUUCGUUUUGCAUACUGUCAUAGCAGAUCUGUGCCGCAUAUAUGUAUAUAUUAUUUUUUUAAAACUCACAUUGACCUAAUUUGAAGUCUGUUGAAGCUACCCACAAUCAGUCUGCCCUAUCACACCAGUGUGUUCUUAUUUAUCACUUGCCCUGUCCUGUGUAAACAUUUGUUUUCUUGUUUUAAUAAAAUUAGAUUUUUAAGAACAUGUAAACAUACCGUUUCUGCAGGUUCAAAAAGAAACUGCUUAAAACCUAAAUAUAGAUAUGAACUGCUAAAGAUAACCUUGUGUAAUGAUAUCUAGAAUUAUAGGGCUUUGACUAUUUUGCAAUUAUGAUUUUCUUCCUUAAAUUUAUGGUUUGUAAUUUUUAUGCCCAUGUUCACAUGCAGUCUGUGUCUGUAUGUGAUACAGAAAGUGUAGUAGUUUUAUGUAGUACUCUAAACCUGAAUUAUGGUUAAUGUAAUUCAUGGUAUAUAUUAGAAUAUGUGAAGCACACAAUGUUUUUAAACCCUUAAUUCAUAGGAACUUUGACGUUGAAUUCUAACAUUCAUAUUUUUUAUCGUAUUUUAAUUUUAAAAAUUUUUUUUUUUACAAGUUCAUGUUGGAUGCGUCACAAUCCAGUAGUGGAGUACAAGGGACCUGAUCCUUUUCAACUUCCUUUAUAUUGGUGUCCCAUCUGAGGAGAAUAAGAAGUCCGCAUAUGGGCAUAUCCGCUAUCAGUCCAAUAUUGGCUCAGGCCUAGUGUAUAGAAUUUACCACCGGUGUGCUUAGAUAGAGCACAAAGCAGAGAUCCAAAUAGAAAGGGGCCCUAGAGCAUUUUAUUUUUGACCAUCUGAUUAGUGCACCCAAUCCCUCAAAUUAAAGCAACGUGGCAAACAGUAGCUUGUAGUCAAUGAGUGAUUCCACCGCCACGGUAUUAAAUGCACUAAAAGAAGGGUUAUUCACUAAAGUGAGAAUUCAAAGUAAAUUUCAAUAAGGCCACAAUAGCUAAACUGGAAAACACAUUUAAUUCAGUUAUGCUUCCAGUUCAGGUACUUUGGCCUUACAUUUUCACUUUAGUGAAUAAUCCUGUUUAUUUGGUACUACCAGGUGUUCAGGUUAUCUAUAGUGUAUUCAACCCAGUCUGCACUUUGUUUUGUAAUUUUUCUUUUCUUUUUUUAAAUGGCAAAUCGAAGUGUGUUUAAAAUUGAGUUUCCUCUAUAUGAACCAUGUAAGUUAACCCAAAUCUAUUACUCUUACUAUGAAUCCUGAAAUGACUAUUUGUGAUCUUGUAAGCUUUUUCAAUGCAAGAGAUGAGGCUUCAUUGUCUUCACCUUGCUUACUUUACCCGAGACAUUCUCACGAUGACUUGUGUAGGGACACUUUUAGAGAAUGUUUACAGAGUUUGCCAUGGAUGCGAAAUCAUUGAAAAUGUAACUUUAAUUUAAUUGCAUUUAAUUCAUUUGCUGUGACAUGCAUAUGUGAAUAAAAUUAUAUUGAUAUUAAAAAGUGACAUUUCAGAAAGAAUUAAGUUAUAACUAGAGGUUGCCAGAUGGAAGCCAGAUUGAAGAGGGUAAAGGAGAGAAUUGGAAUUGAGGAAGUGAGACAUACAGGUAAAGGCAAGUCUUUUGAAAAAGCAGGGAAAUGGGACAAUAGUUAGAGGGGGAGGACGGGUCGAGAGUUGUUUUUUUCAGGAUAGGUACUACAGUGGCAUGUUUAAGGUCAGCAGGGGCAACGCCAGAAGAGAGAGAGCAGUUGAAGAUGUGUGUUAAGGAAGGCGCAAGACAGGGGGAGGUAUAAGGUGAGAUAGGAUCGGAUCGAGCAGGCAAGUGGUGGGGCGGGAGGAAAGGAGAAGCGCAGCCACCUCUUGUUAAGUAGCCGGGGAGAAAGUCUGAGGGAAAG